UCGGAGGUAAACGUUCAGUUUAUCACGAUGCGGCGACUGGACGCUACGGGCAUGGAGGGGGUCCGCUGGCUUCUCCUGUUGAUUGUUUACACCUAUCUCUACUCUUUCGGAGAUUGCCUUUUCGUGACGGAUUAUUUCACCCGAACGCCUCGCAAGCUGAGCGCCUACCGGUCCUUCGCCAGCGUGGAGCUCUUCCACUUCAACGUGCCUGACGACACGGUGGUCGCCGUCUGGAACCUCAUCACCUUCAAGGAGCAGGGCGGCACGUUCGGCGACAGCUGCCCCGACCGCAACGUGACCGUAUAUUUCAGAUCUGGAGCUCCCCCCGUCAUCAACCCCCUGCACACCCAGUUUCCCCGGGAUACCAUCGUCCCCGGAUCGUUUGCCGUCACCCUGACGUGGACGCUGCCCAACCGGACCACCGGGGUGUUCAACGUCACCAGUCCCCUCCCGGGAGACUGGUUCCUCGCUGCCCACCUGCCAAAGGAUGAGGGGAAGAUUUCUGUAAAGGGUCUCUCCGAGGAGUGCCAGUACCUGUUCCAGCCCCAGCUCAUUGUCCAACGGCUGAUUGGAAUUUCGGUGCUGUAUCCCGGAUACUACAUUGAUCAGAUGAUCCCCGACCACAACAGAUCGGUGCUUUACAAAGUGUUCAUCCCAAACUACAUCUCCAAAGUGCGGGUGCAGCUGGCGAACUGCAGCACGCGGAACAGGAGCACGGAGAGCUGUCCCAUUCUGCUGAAGAUCAGGGCCCGCGCUCCCCCCCUCCACAACUCCACCUCCCAGGACUGCCAGGGCGGGAGCACCUGUGAGCUGGAGACCCCCCUGCCCUCCUGGGAGCAGUGGUACUACAUCCUGGUGGAGAGGACCCAGGGCAACCUCGACGUCUACUUCCGCAUCGGCGUCCAGGUCAAAGACUGCUCCAAGCCCAGCGUCUCCAAAGGGUCUUCGUCCGGGUCUGCACUGAACAUGCCCCAGUCGUUCGGGGCGGCCAUGCCCUUCUCCCUGACCGAAGCGCUCCCAGCAGCCGGCCUGCCCAGCCUGUCCCAGAACGGGUCGGAGCGAGGGCCCCCGCUCGCUCCCGAAGACACCAUCACCUACCUGGCCCCCGCCACGGACGCCAACAAGUGCUGGCCCAUCAGACCCACCCUGCGCAACGAGCUGGACACCUUCUCCGUCCACUUCUACAUCUUCUUCGGGCCCAACAUCUCCAUCCCACCCGACCGCGCCGCCGUCUUCGCCAUCAACCUGAUGCCCGUCCUGGAUAGCGGGGGCGUGCUCAACCUGGAGCUCAAGCUCAACGUGUCUUCGGCGAAAGGGGAGAACAUGACCGUGUUGGGCUGUCUGAACCACGGAAUGCCCCUGUCCCUGCCCGACAACUCCACCGUCAAAUGUGACUCAGAGUCCAUCGGCGGGUUUAUGCUGUCGGUGAACGCCACCUCCAACAUCACCAAACUGAGGAUCCCAUACCCCCAAACCGGGACCUGGUACCUGAGCCUGCGCUCAUUGUGCACCACUGAGCACGGGUUUGAGAUGUGCGGCAACGUGACGGCGGAGGUGUACCUGCGCUCCUACCUCACCCCCUGCAUCAAUGACUGCGGGACAUACGGACAGUGCAAGCUUCUGCGCACCAACAACUACCUGUACGCAGCCUGCGAAUGCAAAGCAGGUUGGGAAGGCUAGGGCUGCACUGAUAACUCAGAGGCCUACUCCUACGGCUUCCAGCUGCUCUCCACCCUGCUGCUCUGCCUCAGUAACCUGAUGUUCGUGCCCCCCGUGGCCAUCGCUGUCCGCAGCCACUACCUCCUGGAGGCCUCCGUCUACAUCUUCACCAUGUUCUUCUCCACUUUCUACCACGCCUGCGACCAGCCUGGGAUCGUGGUCUUCUGCAUCAUGGAGUACGACGUGCUCCAGUUCUGCGACUUCCUGGGGUCCCUCAUGUCCGUGUGGGUGACAGUCAUUGCCAUGGCCAGGCUCAAGUCCAUCAUCAAACAGGUACUGUACCUGCUGGGGGCGAUGUCCCUAUCGAUGGCUCUGCAGCUGGACAGACAUGGCCUGUGGAACCUUCUAGGCCCCAGCCUGUUCGCCCUGGGCAUCAUGGCAGUUGCUUGGACCGUCCGCACCGUCCGUCGUCGACGCUGCUACCCUCCCACCUGGAAGCGCUGGGUCUUCUUCCUGUUCCCCGGCACCAUGAUCGCCAGCUCGGCCGUGGCGCUGUACGCCUUCGUGGAGACGGAGGAGAACUACUUCUACAUCCACAGCAUCUGGCACAUGCUCAUCGCGGGCAGCGUGGGCUUCCUGCUCCCGCCCCGCGCCAAGGCCGACCGCAAGGUCACGCCCCUGAAGGGCCGCAGGGGGUGCGGCUACCAGCUGUGCGUCAACGAGCACGAGGAGAUGGGAUUGGUGGACCCCGGCAUCGUCACCAUCAACAGCAUCUGCACCAGUUGAUACUCUCGGCUUGACGGACCUUCCACUUGCCUUCUUUUACACUGAAACGAAAUGGAAAAAUAAGCCAGAGAACUUGUAAAUAUUUCAAACAAACACUGGAGUUUUAUUAUUAUAUUUAUCAUUAUUACUUCUGUUAUUAUUGUUAUUAUUAUUAUUAUGACAGUAUUAUUGUUAGUAUCUUUAUUAUCAUGACUUGUGUAUGUACAGUAAGACACUAUGGUUUGUACCUACUGUACUUUUUAAUCUUAAGCGAAACACUGCUGCUAAUUGACGGCGACUGUAAAAUUGUUAACGUAAUUUAUUUAUUUGUUUGUGAUUUCCGUAAAGACCAAAUGUUCAAUCUGAUUUGGAAAAGAGUCUUAACAAGGGCACGGCUUUUCUUUUUUUAAAUAUAUCUUUUGCACUGAGACACAGAAAUGUGAUAUUGUACAAUUUUAUAAAUAUAUGUAUAAAUCUAUAAGCAUCACUAUGUGUAAGUAAAGACAUGUUAUGUUCUGUGGUUGGUUUGAGUUAUUGGAUUGCGAUGUGCUGCUUCUGCAGGUGUGUAGUAUGUGUAUAGUUACUGAUUAAUGGAGGGUAGUGCUGCUUUCUUGCAGACCCGAAAGAAGGACUUGAUUAGCUUUUUCCUACAAGAGCAAUCCAAUAUCAGAGCAACGGCAGUGGAUGCACAGCAAAUAAACCCGUUCCUUUUUUA